GGCGGGGGCCCCAGACCCCCCCAUGGGAUGGAGCUGAGGGGCCACAUCCUGCCCCCCGGCACUCACAGCCCCGCAGGCCCUGUCGCGGGGCGGCUUCAGGAGCUGCGGGAGCGGCAGCGGGGGCUGCGUCAAGCACUGGGGCUGCGCCUGCGGGAACUGCGGCGCCUCUGCCUGCAGGAGGCCGAGCUGACGGGGAAGCUGCCCCCCGAGUACCCACUGGAGCCUGGGGAGCGGCCGCAGGCCCCCCCCCCCCGCCGCCGGGCCCCCCCCCGAGGCCCCCUCCCUGAGGCGCCGCGCUCGGCCCGCCGGGAGGUGGCGCUGCAGGUGCAGGUGGUGGAGGCCGCGCGGCGCCUGGCGGCGGCCCCGGGACUCGCACCCGAGCAGCGCCGGCGGCGGCAGCGGCUGCAGGCGGAGGCGGCGCAGAGGCUGCGGCAACUCCGAGCGCAGCUGGGACCCGGCAACGAUGAGAACGGGUCCCUCUGUGAUCUGCCUAUGCUGGAGAAUGGGGCCCUGCCCACCCCAAAGCCCACCCCAGUGGCCCCUGGCCGCCCCUCACCCCCCCGAGCCAGUCCCGGCAGCCCUGAGCACCGGCCCCCCUGGGCCUCCGAUGGGCGCCGCAGCUCACUCGCCAGCCCUGCCAGCCCGGCACGGACCUUGCCCCGCAGCGCAUCCAGCUUCGAGGGCCGCAGCGUCCCAGCCACCCCAGUGCUGGCACGGAGCCCCUGCACCCGCGGGCACCCACUGUGCCGCCCCGAGGCCCCGGGGCUGCCCCCCCGGCCCUGGUCGGGCAGCCAGGACUCACAGUUGGGGGGGCCCCCAGUGCCACCCCCCCCUGCCCAGGCGCCCCGCACCCGCCGCAGCAACAGCUCCGAGGCCUUGAUCGACUGGGGGGGCAGCGGGGGGGGAGGCCCGCACCCCGACAGCGCUGCCCCCCCCCAACCCGUGCCCCCCACCUCGGCAGAGCAGCGCCGCAGCCAGAAGUGGUUGGCACUGGAGGGGCUGCGGGACUGGUACCUGCGGCAUACAGGGACCCCCCCCCGCCUGCUGCCCCCCCCCGGCCCCGCAUGGGGCGCUCCCCGCCGCAGAGACCCCCCCCCUCCCGGCCUUCCCCACUCGCUCAGCUACGCCGGGGCCCUGGCGCCCAGGGUCUCAGGGGACCCCCCACCUGUUCCCGCCCCCCCUCCACCCCCCCCGGACCCACAGCCCCCUGGCACCCUGGUGUGACCCCCUCCCCUUUGACCGCUCCAUGACCCCCACCAACCCUGCCCCCCCCCGGCCGCUCCUGGCGAGCUGCCGCUUUGGGGGGGCCCCCAUCGCAUGCCCCCCCCCACGAGAGCGGGAUCCGGCUGGGGUGGGGGGCACAGAUGGGUUCAAUACAAGGGAUC